UUUUCAAGAAGCACCAUGGGGAAUCAAUCUGGUCGUCAACAAAUAGAUACAGAAAUGAAAGAAGCUCUGGUGAAAAAUGAUCGCUUAGCUCGUGCAAAGAUCCAGGAGUAUUUGGACAAGGAGCAAAAUGUUCCUCUAAAUAUUGCUGUCACAGGAGAGACUGGCUCUGGUAAAUCCACCUUUGUUAAUGCCAUUAGAGGUAUAGACGACGAGGAUGAGAAAGCUGCUCCUACUGGUUGUGUAGAAACCACCAUGGAGGUCACACCGUACUCCCAUCCAAACUAUCCCAAUGUGAUAUUCUGGGAUCUUCCUGGUUUCGGCACCACCAAGUAUCCUGCUGCUGAGUACCUGAAGAAGGUUGGAUUUAAACAGUUUGACUUCUUCAUCAUCAUCUCAGCUGAUCGCUUCACAGAAAAUGAUCUGAAGCUGGCUAAGGAGAUUCAAAAGAUGAAGAAGAAGUUCUACUUUGUUCGCUCAAAGAUUGAUGAUAACAUACGUAAUGAGAAAAGACGUAAGACAGAGUUCAAUGAAGAAAGGACCCUGACACAAAUCAGGAACAACUGCAUCCAGGGUCUUCAGGAUCUAGGUCUCCAGUCUCCUCAGGUCUUCUUGGUGUCCAGCUUUCACCUGAAACUGUAUGAUUUCCCUCUGCUAGUGGAGACCCUGAAGCAAGAACUUCCUGAACUCCAGAAGGAAGCCUUUCUGCUUGCCAUGCCCAACAUCAGUCUGGACAUGAUCAAAGAAAAGAAAAAGGCUUUCCAAGGAAAGGUCAAAUACUUUGCUACUCUAUCUGCAGCUGUAGGAGGUGUGCCAGUUCCGGGGCUUUCUGUUGCUGUUGAUGCAGCCUUGCUGGUCGGUGUCAUCACAAGAUAUGUUUUCGGGUUUGGUCUUGACAUCCCAUCACUGAAGAGAAUGGCAAACUACUCAGGUGUUCCUUAUGAGGAAUUGAAGGAAGUCAUCAUGUCACCUCUGAUAGCAAUAGAAUUAACUCCUGAACUUUUAAUGAGGUUGUUGUCUCAAUUCAGCAGUUUAGUUGUAUUACUGGUAGCAGAGGAGGGGGCCAGAUUCAUUCCACUACUUGGAAUCCCAGUAACAAUGGUCCUCUCUUUUGCCUUUACCUACAGAAGUCUUAACAUGAUCCUUGACAUGCUUGCUGACGAUGCAGAGAGGGUAUUUACUAGGGUCCACUUGAACACCACAGGGUGAUAAUGUUAAAGAAAUAGCAUUCAGUACUUAUUUGUGCUGUAAAACAAUGUGUACAUUUUGAUUGAUUAAUAUAAAUCACAUUGAAAAUAAGAUGUUAAAAAGAGAAAAUCCAUGAUGAAAUUAAAUUAGUUUGUAAAUGAAAACAUUAAUGUGAAGAACUGACUACAGUGAAAAUGUAGAAGUUAGAAAUAACCAGCUAGAAAAAGAGAAAUGCAGACUGAGUAAGUCUAGCUGCAGCACAAUGCUUCUCACAUUAUUGAUCUAUGUGAUUCAUCUCAUCCUUAAAUGUUGUUCAUAUGAAUCAACUUUUGACUUUUAGCUUCACAUUUUAGAGAAUGUGCUUCAUGUUUUUUCAUUUUCUUCUUACAUCCAAUCCCAUUUAAAACAGUUUGUUUUUAAAUGUUUGUAUUACUGAAUAACUUUUAGCAUUAAAUCACAUUGAAACAUGCCUAUUGAUCGUCUUCAUAGUGAUAAUGUUAUUUUUGUAUUAAGGUUUAUAAUGCAUAGAGCUUAACUAUUUCUUUAUGUACAGCUCUGCUGUUUUUAAGUGCUGUACACUAAACUGAUUUAUAAUCCAGCUGCACAUAUCAGUAAUCUGUUCAAAUCAGGAAACAUGAGUGUUGAUAUCAAAAUGUUUAUAACAUGUUUAAACUGAUGUUCUUGAGUCUUUAAAUAAAAUCAUUAAAACAAA